UUCUGAAAUUUUUAUUUGGAAAUAUCAAAAUAUGCGGAUUAAAAGCAUAGCAAACAUGAAGACGUUUUGGUACACAAAUGUGAUAGAUCUAUUUAUUUCAUUACAUAAACUUGAAUUAUUUGCUUUCAGGAACGGGUUAUUCGGUAAGCGAAAAGACGACAAAUCGGAAAUUCAGGAAAAAAGAUCUACAAUCACCACAGUUUCGUCAACUUAUAAAAGGGAAUCAUACGUCAAAUCAAUGCCUGUACCGCCGCAUAUAACGAGGGACCAACAGGAAUUUAAUGAAGCACUUGGUACUUUAACUAGAAGAAGAAAACACACGUUAGAUAAUUCUUCGUCGAGAUACAGUUCGAGCUUGACUGUUAAUGGUGAUCCUGCAAGACUUUAUGACGGUAGUCCGCAAGAAACCACUACAUCUAUCAUGGGUGAUCUUACACCGAAACCACCAGCACGAAGAUUUGGUCAGACGAGUCCAAAGCCGACAGACAAGCUACCACCGUUAGAUUUCGAAAAUGAAAACUCAAACGAUAGUGAAAGUGUAACACUUCGUGAAAAGAUUCGAGAAAAAACACCUGUUCCUCCUUUACGAAGAUUUGGUAACAGAUCAUCGCAAAGGAUGAACACGAAUAAUCUGGAUUUAGAGGAAGAAGCGGAUCGAUUAGGCGAUGUAAUGAUAUGUGACGAGAAUGAGAACGUAUCUGGGGAUUACAUGUUUAAAAGAUAUUCUCAGGACACAGUUAGAAAGUCGAAUCUCUCGAUAAACAGUUGUGUUUCUGUCGGAAGUACGAUGAGUUCAUAUGGUCGUAAAAAACGAAGAGCACCGCAGCCUCCACGGCAUUUGGAGAAUGCGGAAAAAACAAACGAAAAGAUUACGGAAGGGACUAACAUAGAACUUCAGAUAGUGGAACCGAUCGAUAUAGCAAAAGUUACCGAGAACAUCGAUGAUCUGACGAAGAAAAGCAAGAAUUUAGACGGAGAAAUUCGCGAAGUUAAUUCGAAAGAGGUUAAUAACGAAGGAAAAUUAGUAGUUUCGAUUCCGAAUGCUACGCAAGCAUCUGAAGAAAUUAUUACAGAACAUGAUUCAAUAAAAGUUGUAGAAACUAAUAUAGAAACAUUAGAUAAAAAGGAAAUUUGUACCGAGAAAGAACCAAAAGAAAUUAUAGAAGUAGAGCAAGCAGGAACAAAAAUUUCAGUUCCGAAGGAUCAAAAAAUUAAAAAACCUAUUAAAAAAGAUGAAGAAGAUAUUCAGGUCGAAUAUCGUAGAGCUUCGCAGGAAAAUAUAGAAACAAUUAAAGAUGUCGAUCAAAUAAAUUCAUCAGAGAAUUUUCAGAGAAAGAAUUCUUCCAGUUCCUUGUCCAGAAGCGACAGUUUCUCAGUAAAAGAUGAGAUUGAAAAGAUCGAGAGGCAAAUAAAAGCAUUAGAAAUAAAAAAUGCUUCUAAGGAUUUAGAAGAGAAAAAUUCGAAUAAUUUGCAAGAAAACGUAAGACAUUCGAUUCAGGAAAAUCGUAGACAUUUUUUUAAAAAUAUGGUGGAAAAUGAGAAUGAUAAAGGUGCAAUUAAGAUAGAGUUUAAGGAAUUUCCAAGGGAACAGAAGGACAUUCAUGUGGUGAGAUUAAAUGACUCGCCUAUUCCUACAGUAGUGUCUAGAGAUCCAAUAAAAGUAAUCGAGCUUCAUAUUUCUGAACCUAUAAGACAAAAACCAGAGAUUCUCGAGGAUGUAAAUCCGAUUCCAAAACCCAGAAGACAUAGUGCUUUAAAUAUAAACGAUUCUCAAGCUAAUAUAACUCCAACUGAAACUAAACGGAGCCUCGAGUCAACCAGAGGGAAAUCGCUU